GAGCGGCAGCGUUUACAACGACGAGGACGGCGGCGUGCGCGCGCCCGCGCGGAAGGGACGCGCGCCGGCGCCGGCGUGCGCGCGCCGUGUCGGUGGGCGUGGCCAGGGCGGAGAGAAGCGGUGGACGCGCUUGGGGAGAAGACUUCCGGGUCCUUUGCUCCGUGGCAUUACCGCGGGUUACCUGCAGCCUCGGAGUUCCUUUCUCUUCAGUCCAUUGGGUGUACUCGCUUUUUUUGCUCCCUUGUAUGAUUCGGGGCGUUAGCUUCCCACACAUUUCAGGCCUUCUGCUCUCUUCUUUUCAGACUACCACGAAGCACGGUUAAAUUGUUUAUCCCCCGCCUUCUUUCAGAGCAUACUUGUAGCCGAAUAGUGCCGAAUGUGAAAGGCAGAUGAAGUUUGCUGUCUUUGAGACACUUCGCUCUCACUCCACAACUCAUGGUCUGAGGGCCCAGCCUAAACAUUAAACUACCUCUGUGCAUGGCCUUUUUUAUUUUGUGAGGUCCUGGGGGAAUAGGUCACUGCGAUGUCAUGUCCUUAAACUAUUUCUAAUUAUGCCUGUCUUCAAGUCUGUUUACCUUCUAUGUUACUUCUCACAACGCGAAAUCUCUUCUUGGUUCUGGAAGCAAAUUACCAAUUAAAGUGACUUACUUGCUGAGGAUUGGAUUGAGCUUUAGUAUAUUUAGUAAGGAUUGGUCGGGUUUAUUGGAGGAUCGCUCUAAUUUUGGGCUUCAAGACUAUGUAACAUAUGUGGUAGGAACAUUGGUUGAACUCAACCACAGCUAACUCAUAAGAAACGUUUACUUUCUUAAUUCUUGAUUUAUUAAAUGGUGACCAGAAGCUUAGCUUCUCAGCUAGCGGUGUCCGGUUUUCGGGUAGUGGCCUAUAGAAAUGGAUUCCUCUGCUCAAGACUGUGUUGGUUUGAAGACCCAUGUUGGUUAAGUCAUAUUUUAACUUUUGAUGGGCAACUGGAUUUAAUUUUGAGGUUUAUGUUUCUAGCAUCUCUAGAAGUAUUAGAGGUUAUUCCACCCCCCUACACCCAAAGGAUUUCACUAGAAUACUAUUGGGAGAAAGUAUCAUGGAAGUUCUGCGCCCACAGCUUGUAAGGAUUGGUGGACGGAUUUACAGGAAAAAUCCCAUCCAAGAACAGACUUACCAACAUGAAGAAGAAGAUGAGGAUUUCUAUCAGGGCUUCAUGGAGUGUGCAGAGGAGCCCUGUGAUGCCUACGAGGUGGUGCAGACCCAGCAAGGUUUCCGGUGCACGGUGAAGGCCCCCAGCCUGCUCUACAAGCAUAUAGUUGGAAAGAGAGGGGACACUAGGAAGAAACUAGAAGUGGAAACCAAAACUUCUAUCAGCAUUCCUAAGCCUGGACAGGAAGGAGAAAUUGUAAUCACUGGGCAGCAUCGAAGCGGUGUAAUUUCAGCCCGAACUCGGAUUGAUGUUCUUUUGCUCACUUUUAGAAGAAAGCAGCCCUUCACUCACUUCCUUGCCUUUUUCCUCAAUGAAGUUGAGGUUCAGGAGCGAUUCCUGAAGUUCCAGGAGGAAGUACUGGAGAAGUGCUCCAUGGAUCAUGGGGUUGACAGCACCAUUUUCCAGAAUCCCAAAAAGCUUCACCUAACUAUUGGAAUGUUGGUGCUUUUGAGUGAACAAGAGAUCCAGCAGACAUGUGAGAUGCUACAGCAGUGUAAAAAGGAAUUCAUUGAUGACAUUUCUGGGGGCAAACCUCUCGAGGUAGAGAUGGCAGGGAUAGAAUACAUGAACGAUGAUCCUGGCAUGGUGGAUGUUCUUUAUGCCAAAGUCCAUAUGAAAGAUGGCUCCAACAGGCUGCAGGAAUUAGUCGAUCGAGUGCUGGAACGUUUUCAGGCAUCUGGACUAAUAGUGAAAGAGUGGAAUAGUGUGAAACUCCAUGCUACAGUCAUGAACACUCUGUUCAGGAAGGACCCCAAUGCUGAAGGCAGGUACAAUCUCCACACAGCGGAUGGCAAAUACAUCUUCAAGGAAAGAGAAUCAUUUGAUGGCCGAAACAUUCUAAAGCUCUUUGAGAACUUCUACUUCGGCACCCUGAAGCUCAAUUCCAUUCACAUCUCCCAGAGGUUCACAGUAGACAGCUUUGGGAACUACGCCUCCUGUGGGCAGAUCGACUUCUCCUGAGGAGGAUCUUGGGAAGCGCUAGAAAUUGAACAUCCUCACGAAGUGCCGAGGGAAAGAGGAUCUUCGUUUUCAUUGCCAAGGAGAGAUGUGGAAAUUUGGACAGAGACUUUCCUGGGUGGUUCCUCACAACACAGCAUGGCCUCUAAUAGAAUAGUUGUCCACAGUCAGCAAACUGCCGGUCAGCCCCGGUGGUUGUGGCCAGAGGGGACCUUGUGCUUGGAACCCUGGCUUGUUCCUCUUUCACAGGGUCUACUUUCUUUCUGAAGCUCUUCUCUGCAAGUGUAACCUCUCAAGCCCACUGGAGCUGGGAUUCGCAUUAUUUCUUCUACACCUACCGAUUUUGCCCCAGCCAUUAAGCUCUUUCAUAUGAAUGCUUUAGAAGAGAAUUAAAGACCUUGUUUUAUUACUAUCUCCACCUAAAUCAAAUGUCUCCAAUUUUAAGAAGAUUUGAUUUUUACUUCCCUUUGUACCGUAACUUUUAAUCACUACCCAGAAUUUCUUUAUGGUAAAAAACAUAGAAGGUUUACCGUCUUAGCUGUUUCUUUCUAAGUGUAUAUAGUUCAGUAGUGGUAAGUAUAUUCACAUUGUUGUGAAACGUCUCCAGAACUUCCCCAUCUUGCACAUCUGAAACUAUACCUGCGUCCCCCUCCCUCAAGUCUCUGGCAGACAUUCUUCUACUUUCCCUUUCUAUGAGCUUGACUGUUCUUGAUACCUCACAUGAGUGGAGUCCUGUGGCAUUUGUCUUUUUGUGACUGACUGAUUUCACUUAGCAGGAGGACAUCCUCAACGUCCACGUGUUGUAGUGCGUGUCAGAAUUUCCUCCCUUUAAGAGAGGCCAAAUAAUAUUCUGUCUUACGUGUGCCUUAUGUUUUAUCCAUUCGGCCACCAGUGGACACCUGGGUUUCUUGACCAUUGUGAACAGUGCUCUGUGAACACGGGUGUUCACAUACCUCUUCCUGAUCCUGCUUUCAGUUCCUUUACUACUCAAUUUUCUCUUUAGCGGAAUAACUUCCAUUUUUAUCUUUUACUUUGACCUGUCCUUUUUCUUCUGAAGUUAGUACCCUUUUAUGUUUGUUGGGUUCCUGUUCCUUAUCCCGCCCUACCGCCCGGCCUUCCCAGGCCAGUGGUGGAGUUGCAGUAUCGUGGCUCCUUUGUGUUGGCUCCGCAGGGUGGCAGCAGUAGAGACGCGGUGACAUCAGCGGGGCCGCGCCGAGUUCCACGGGGCAGAGUCAGCCGCCACAGGCCCGGCUCCCGCCUCGCUCCUGCCUUGCUCUCAUCUUCCUCUCCUCUUCACAUCUCUUCUCCCUCCAUAUCCCCUCUUUCUCUUUCCUUUAUUCCUUACUCUUGCUUUGAUUCCUUCUGUUUGAGAAGUGUGACUCCGAACCCUGUGCACAGGAAGGGCUGAGUAGAACACUCAGAUUUGUUCAUCAGUGUGACUGCCCUCAUCACUUGUGAAUAAACCAAUUUCCAGAGUAA